AUGAAGUACGUCGUCGCUAUAAUUGGCCUCAUGAGUCUUGGAAUCAACGCCAUUCCUUUGCAAGGCGACGCAGACCAUGCCAUGGAACUGGCUGAACGUGGCGAAAUGUACGCAAAACGCCACCAGUACAGCCCUUCCGAUAGUGAGAACACUAAGGAGAAGCGCCAUCAGUACGGCCCUUCCGAUAGAUCGAAACUGAAGGUUGAAGCUCGAACUUCAAGAGAUGUCUGGGCCUAG